AUGGCCCCAAUCAAGUUAUUUUGGGGAAGACUUCAAACUCCAAUUGCCGGCAAACCCAGUCAGUACUGGCUGGACGCUCAAGACCACACCGGAAUGUAUCGGAACGUGAAAUCAGCGCCAUAUAACGCCAAAGGGGACGGCAACAUCGACGAUACUUCAGCUCUCCAAAAUGCGCUGAACGCCGACGGCCAAGGCGGGAAUAGAUACGGCAAUGGUGUCACGAUUCGACCAGCCGUCGUGUUCCUUCCAGGAGGGACCUACAAAAUAUCCGAACCUGUGGACAUGCGCUUGAACACCAUACUGAUUGGAGAUCCGACUGAUCCGCCAGUUUUCAAAGCUACGUCAAACUUCAAUGGAGAUGCAUUGAUCCAUGGAUACGACAACGCAGCUGGAGAUCCAACCACGAACUUCUUCGUCGCCUUGAAGAACAUUAUCCUUGAUACCACGAAUAUUGACAAAGAUAAAUCUGUAACUGCACUUGGGUGGGGAGUCUCGCAGGCUUGUCAUCUCACAAAUAUCAAGAUCAAUAUGCCAAAUUCUUCUGGAGGUCACGUGGGAAUCGACAUGAGUGCUGGUUCAGCAACAAUUGUGGCUGAUGUUUCAUUUACGGGCGGCGCGAUUGGAGUCCGGGUCAAUAACCAGCAAGUCAAUUUGAAGAAUCUCAGCUUCAAAUUCUGUACUACAGCGAUCAAAUUUCCUGGCGGUCACACAGCAGUGAUUCAAGGAGCCAACAUCGAUACCUGCGGUAUGGGGGUUGAUGCGAGUGACAGCGGCCAACUCGGUUCACUGGUAAUCCUCGACACUACCUCCGUGAACUCAGGCCCCGUUCUUAAAUUCCACGAUUCCUCACGCGAUUCAGGAGAUCGCAACAACCAAAUUGUGAUCGAGAACCUAUCUCACUCUGGGAGCAACCCAAUUGCUAUUGACGAGAACGGGAACGUAAAGCUUGGAAGUACUAGUUCGGUCGAUACAUGGAUCUGGGGGAACGAAGCACCCGGAAACUACCAGACCGGCAAGACAUCCUCAACCUCGCGACCAGGACUACUUCUUGAUGGAGGAAAAUACUUCACCAAAACUCAACCUACAUAUGGAGAAUAUGCCGCUGAUCAAUUUGUCAACGUGAAGGCUGUCUCCGGAUACCCUGUCAAAGGAGACGGUUCGACUGACGAUUCCACAUCCCUGAACGCGAUCCUGGCUCAGAAUGCAGCGAACUGCAAGAUCUCUUAUUUUCCAUACGGAGUAUAUAUCGUCAAAGGGACUUUGUACAUCCCUCCCGGCUCAAGAAUUGUGGGAGAAGCAUGGCCCGUCAUUUCCGGGAUAGGUGCGAAUUUCUACAACAAUGCUAAUCCGUCACCAGUUGUAAUGGUCGGCAAGCCCGGCGAGAUUGGCGUUGCUGAGAUCCAAGAUAUGCGGUUUACUGUCGCCGAUGUUCUUCAAGGAGCAACGAUUCUUCAAGUCAAUAUGGCCGGCAAUCUCCCAGGAGACGUUGGAAUAUGGAAUACACACAUCACCGUAGGUGGGACUGCCGACACGAAAGUCAACACAGUCUGCGGAGCUCCUGAUACAUCCGACUGCAAAGCAGCGUUCGCUCUCACACACCUCACUGCCUCCUCUGGAGCCUACAUAGAGAACAUGUGGGGUUGGGUUGCAGAUCAUUCUUUGGAGGCAGGCGGCGACCACCAGAACAUCGCCGUCGGUCGAGGAAUGCUCAUCGAGGCGACCAAAGGUACCUGGCUGACAGGCACCGCAUUCGAGCACUGCACACUCUACAACUACAACUUCUACAACGCACAAAACGUCUUUGCCGGCAUGCAGCAAACAGAGACGGCAUACUGGCAAGGCGAGGGUUCGCUCCAAAACGCCCCCGCGCCGUGGACUGCCCUUUCGUCUUUUGGAGAUCCAGAUUUCUUGUGGUGUGGAGACGGUGAUCAGAAGUGUCGCAUGGGGCUUGCUACCACCAUUGAUGGCGGAAGCAACUUGUUCCUGUAUUCAGCGGCAUUUUGGACUUUCUUCCAUGGGGAGACGUUGACUAGGUAUAACUUCCCUGGAACAACGUGUGGGAGUGAUUGUAUCACGAACCAGAUCAGAGUGGCUGGUAAUCCGAAAGGAUUGUACUGGUAUGGGGUCAAUAGUAGGUGUGCUACUACCAUGAUUUUGGAUGGACAGGGGAACCCGAAAGAGUUUAAUAAUCCUGGCGGGUGGCCGCCUGGUGGGGUUGUUGCGGCGUACUUGCAAUAUGCCGGGUCUUGAAGGUUUAUCUUCCACUGGGUCCACAUCCCUCUGGUAUCAUCGUACACCUG